GGUAAACAAAGAUGGCGGACGGACUGAUCAAAAGUUCUCGAAAGACACCUACAAAGUUUGACAAUGGAUAUGAACCGAGUUUUAACUCCGAUGGCACUCCUACCUGUCUAAGCUGGAAAAUCGAAGAUGUAGCUGACUGGUUGGAAUUUUUAGGGUUCCCGCAGUAUCGGGUGAGACAAAAAUUACAUUUGAGUGCUGAAAGAGUUCUUGCAGAAACGUGUUUGUCUCUUUUUUCUCGGAUUUAUCAUUCUUCAAGACUCAUUUCAAUCUAAAACAUUGAAAAAUUCCGACUUAUUUGAGUAGCUUUUAUGAUGUACAUAGAACACUAAUUUAAAAAGAUAAAACAGGCCAGCAUAUCAGUCCUACAAUUAAAAAGCUGAUUUAAGUAACCUCUACAGUGUUAGUGUUGAUCAGAUUAAGAAUUGAAAUUGUUUCAUCGAUUGUCCAUAGGCCUGUUUCAAAGAAAACCUCAUAAAUGGAAGGAAACUUAUAACAGUCGAUGCUUCAUCUUUACCAAGGAUGGGUGUCACAGACUUUGAACACAUAAAGGUUUGUAUACAAAGUAUCUCUAAGAGAAAAUCCCUUUUUUUUUUCGUCUAUCAACCUGGCUUGUCUAACAUGUCACCUGUUUUCAGAGGUGUUCUGUUGACAGUGAAAAAAGAGACUGUUGACAAGAAGUCACCUAAUUCCUUUAAUUCUAAAUUUAAAGGCAAAUCAGCGUGUAUUGUAUGUACAAUGCAGCAUCUUGCAGCUACAAAUGCUUCCAUCAGUAAAACGAUGUUUUUGCGUGAACAAGAAUGUAAUGCUUUAACAUACGAUUUUCCCAAGAACAUGCAACAACCUGGACUGUGUUAUUUGACAUUACAUUCGCACCAGUUGCGGUUCAAUUGUUCUCCCGUUAAAAAGCUUUUGUUUACUGUCUUACCCGAGUUUUAUGCUAGCCGUCCUGAUGUCCCAACUUAAGGGCAAACUGAAUCCAGAAUUUUUAGACUUCUUACUUUUUUCAGGUAAUAGCAAAAAAAGUUCGAGAAGCGUUAGGAAUAGAGGAACCUUAUUGGAACCGUAGCAUCUCUCUCCUGCACAGGGAAUCACUUGGACUGUUUCUUGAAAAGAAAAGUAACACUGGUGUAGAAGCAGAUCUGUUGACUUUUCAAGAUUACAAACGCUACUUGCAGAAACAAGAGCCUAGUAAAAACAACAAAAGAUAAUGCUUCUUCUAGGGAUGUGGCAACCUAGCUUUGCAAGUGUGUAUGUAAAACAGUGAACAUGCCGUAAUUUCAAAUCAUUUUCGUUUGGCCUAGAAAUCAUUGGAGAUACUUUAGAAAUCAGUGCUAUUCUCACUAUUUACCUCCUACCAGUGAGAAGGAAGGAAGGAGUGAACCAGAGGCUUCUUUAAGCUCCCUUCCUUUCAUAAUUUGUAACAGAUUGUUUUUCAAUGCAGGCCUUUUUUUUUUCAUCAUUUUCACUGUAUUCAAUGCUCCAAUUCUUGUCUUUCAAAGUCGACAACUUGAAAAUGCACAACAUGUAACAUUCACUUGGUUCCAAUGUCCUCCAGUAGUGCUUGUAACAGUGAAUUGUGUGUGUAGUGGAUAGGGCAUCCUCUGAAUACAUUUUCAUGUAAAAUAAAUUGGUAAGGAAACUUCAACUCCAAGUUUGGGUCUAUCUUGCAAAGUUUAAACUGCAAUAGCCAAUAUUUAAAUUUGUUUGGCAGGGAUCCAGAAACUUUGCAAAGUUCAUCAACUCAAGGUUUUCUUUGGUUUUCUUUAUUCUUUGGUGAGUGAGGUGUUAAAAAAAAAAAGCAGAGUUUCGAAGAGGACCACAAUUUCCCAACCCACCAAUGCAAUGGAAGACACUUCACCUAGACUAAAAGACAUCAGUGAACUGUCUGCACCCCAAUUUCAAUCACUCUCCCCAACAGCAAAGUUUGAUCUGAUGUUAUUUUUGCUCAGACAUAAAUAAGAGUGUUACAAACAAAAGAUUAGCAAAUUUAUUCUUCAUGCUUUAGGAGCUUUU